AUGGCCGCCGUGGCCGCCAAGAUACCUGGGAUGCCUCAGGACAGAGCACCCGCCCAAACCAACAGGAUUGCCUGCCUACUCGUGCGGGCUGAAAGCGCCCGCACUUUAACCGCCCUCGGGUUAAAAUACAUGCCUAGAGGUACCGACCUACCUACCUGGUGCCUAGCUAAGGUCCUGACCAAAUUGGUAGAUCACAUAGGUGCCAGGCACCGACAUACCCAUGCCUACCUACCCACCAGGGAGUCAUCCGGAUCAGAAGCUCGUUUUUUGGUAGCCAACGAGAUCAUCAAGCAAAAGUGCCAACUCAACCCCGCCUUGAAACGCGUGGAAGAAAACGUGGCAGACAAACCGACAAAAAAAACGUCCCGUGUUUCGUGCCGCAGUCCGCCGGAAUCUCCGAUGGGAUCGUGGGGGGCCGCAUACUUACCCGGAUGUACUGGUGCUAAGCCGCAUGUGUGUGCCUUGGUUUACGGAGCCCGUUUUUAUACUUGGAGGGUAUUGCCAAUAAUAUGGAAUUUAUGGUACAUCCUAUGUACAAUCCCAUGCUGGGCACCAAAGAAGAAAGAAGGGGGGGUAUUGUGUUGCGAAGAAUGGCGCAACAGAGAAUAA